AUGUUCUCUUCGGUAAGAGUUCCUUCAGACGGCAACGAGGAUAAAUAUAGCGUCAUUCUACCGACAUACAAUGAACGUGGCAAUUUACCUGUAAUCAUUUGGCUUUUAGCUAAAAUGUUUAAAGAACAUAAUCUAGAUUGGGAGGUAAUAAUUGUUGAUGACGCGUCACCGGACGGCACUCAAGAAGUUGCAAGACAGCUUGCAACAGUAUAUGGUCUAGAACAUAUUGUUUUAAAGCCACGUGCUGGAAAGCUUGGUCUUGGAACUGCCUAUGUUCAUGGAUUGAAGUUUGUUACUGGGAAUUUUAUUAUAAUAAUGGAUGCUGAUUUUUCUCAUCAUCCAAAGUUCAUUCCGGAAUUUAUAAAACUUCAGAAAAGCAAAAACUUUGAUAUUGUCACUGGAACACGAUACGCUGGUAAUGGUGGUGUAUAUGGAUGGAAUCUCAAACGUAAAGUAAUAAGUCGGGGUGCAAAUUUUCUUGCUUCAACGUUUCUUCGUCCUGGUGUAACAGACCUUACAGGCAGCUUCAGAUUGUAUAAAAAAGAAGUUUUAGAAAAAAUCAUAUCUGUAGUAAUCUCGAAAGGUUAUGUAUUCCAAAUGGAGAUGAUGGUUCGUGCACGUCAAUUUGGAUUCACAAUCGGAGAAGUUCCUAUUACAUUUGUUGACCGUGUUUAUGGAGAAAGUAAGAUGGGUACUAAUGAGAUUGUUCAAUUUGCUAAAGGUGUCUGGCAAUUGGUAAGUUAA